AUGUCAGAACUUAAUAACAUGAGCGUUGAACAAUUACUUGCUAUGAACGACCUAAUAGACAGUGACACUGACCUCGAAGUGAGUGCACAGAAAGUUCUCGAAGAUCGUGAGUAUCGAGUACAACCUAAGGAUAGGGGAGAGGAUUACUUCUAUAGUGAACCACAAUUUGUUGAUGGAGUAGAUCCUGAUGUAUUAAGACCAAAGCCCAGGCGUAUACCUAAGAACUAUAAGGGUAAACGCGGAAUUACUCCUGUGUGGAAGUACUCUGAGAGGCAAAAGGCUAAGGCGUUACUCGUAGAGGAAGCAUAUCAGAGCCUGCUGUCUAAAGGAAUCCAGGGACUACCACCAACCAUGGCAGGUAAGUGGCGCACAGACAACGUUCUUGUUAACGAGGAAAUUAAGAGAAUAGAAAACGAGAGAAAUCCUAAGGUAAAGCGUCCUAGAGGUAGACCACCAAAAGCAAAAACAGAUGCUGAAGUAAAGGUGCCCAAGAAAAGAGGCAGACCACCAAAGGUAAAAACAGAUGCUGAAGUAAAGGUGCCCAAGAAAAGAGGCAGACCACCAAAGGUAAAGACUGAAGUCAAACCAAAAAGACAAACAGUAGCUGAAAGAUUCCUGAGUCAGAGGAAAGUAAAACUCUCAGUGCCAGCGGAUAUCGUCAUAACCUCAGUGGGUCCAGGUAAGUUCACAAUCACAGUUGAUCUUAACAAGAAACCUGUAAGGAAAGCUCCUGAGGUGCCUAAGGGUGUAGCUCCAUGGAGACCAACACCUAAGUCUAGGACUAAGCUUCCUAGGGAAAAACCAACACCUAAACCUAGGACUAAGCUUCCUAAGGAAAGACCCGUACCAGCACCCAGGACUAAGAAACCAGUGUCUCCUCCUAAAGCCCGCAAACCCGCGAAAGUAUCGAGGGAAGCUAAGGAGCGGACUAUGGUGGUUGACCCAGAGCAACACGAAAUAGACCCAUUUGGAACAGACCUCAAAAAGCCAUACCACAGGAAAAUAGAAACAGCUGCCAAUGGAGCCGCUGUGACUUACUCAAUAACUCCUCAUUAUAUGGACCCUCUGGAUCAGAUGACUGCAAGUAGACAGGUAGUGAGAGGAAUACUUGUGAACGAGUUAAAGAGAAUGGGUGGGUUGAAGUACACGGAAACCAUAAAGGUGAGAAUGUCCAAGGAAAUUGGCGACGGGAAAACGAAGAAGGGCUCAAUAUACUUCAAGUCUAAAACUGGCACUGUUACGAACUUCGAGGAUAUCGAAAGUACAGCUGCUCAGAACCAACUGACAAUCUUGUCCAGAAUUGAGACAUUCCAAAACCUGGGUUCAAACUGGAUUAUACUCAAUAUUGAGAGUCAUUAUGUGAACAUUGCGAUGUACAAACCACUAGCUGGAAGUUCGUACAUGAAACUACCUGCUGACAUCAGUAAUUCAAUGUGUGGGCUUAUCAAUAUGAAAAACGAUGAUAACAUGUGCUUUAUGUGGAGUCAUGUGAGGUACCUAAACCCUAAGACCAGAAGAGCAACUACUAUUACCAAGGAAGAUAGAAAGUUCAAGGAAAACCUAGACUAUGAGGGUAUAGAGUUCCCGGUGAAGAUUAGUGAUAUUGAUAAGAUUGAGACGAAAAACAGCAUAAGCAUAUCAGUGUUUGGUUAUAAGGGCAAAAAGCAGUUCUACCCAAUAAGGAUCUCAAAGACUAAGUAUGGGGAACAUAUGAAACUUUUACUUCUAGGGGAUGAUAACGGAAACAGAUACUAUGUUCUUAUAAAGGAUGUGAAUAGAAUGCUGUGCAGUGUGAGUAAACAUGGUCAUAAGCAACACUUCUGUCUACACUGCCUUCAUAGUUGUGUUAGUAAGGAGACACUGGAAAAGCACAGGGAAACAUGUUUGCAGGUAAAUGGAACUCAAGCUACAAAACUUCCCAAAGAAGGGACAAAAAUAAAGUUCAAAAAUCAUAGGAACUCAAUGCCGGUGCCGUUUGUAAUAUACGCUGAUUUCGAGUCCAUACUGGUACCUGAAGACGAAAACAGUAAGGUGAAAAGUAGUGAGGACGAAAGUAGCACAACCCGUUACCAGACACACAAGGCCUGUAGCUUUGGUUUAAAAACAGUCUGCCACUACGAUGAUAAGUACUCCGGUGAGUAUAAGAGUUACGUUGGAGAGGAUGCUGCAUUGGUCUUCCUAAAGACUGUAUUGAAAGAGUCCUUCAGGUGUAGAGAGAUGAUCGACAAUAUAUUUAAGAAAAAGAUGGUAAUUACACCAGAACAGGAAGCAGAAUUCCUGGCUGCAAGAAACUGCUCCAUAUGUGGUAAUGAUCUUUGUGAGGACCGUGUAACAGACCAUGACCAUGUAACAGGAAUGUACCGUGGAGCUGCUCAUAAUAUAUGCAACCUGAAGUACAGAAUCACAUGGAAAGUGCCAGUGGUCUUCCACAACCUGAGAGGUUACGAUAGCCAUCUGAUUAUGCAGGAAAUUGGUAAGUUCAAGAUGAACGUCAACGUGAUUCCAAAUAAUAUGGAAAAAUACAUCUCAUUCUCACUGGGUAAGAAUCUGGUCUUCAUAGACUCUAUACAGUUCAUGGCUUCUUCACUGGAAGCACUGGUAAGUAAACUUUCACCUGAGGACUUCAGGAUAGUAGGUAAGAGGUGGAAGGGUGAGGACUUAAAUCUGGUGACACAAAAAGGGGUGUUCCCAUACGAGUUCCUAGAUGAUAUUAGCAAACUUGAUACGAAGGGUCUGCCUAGUAAGGAUAUGUUCUACUCGUCACUGUAUGAGUCAGAGGUGAAGGGCGAAGAUUACCAGAGAGCUCAGAAAGUAUGGGAUCACUUUAAGAUGAAAACCAUGAGAGACUACCAUGAUCUCUACCUGGAAACUGACGUUCUUCUACUAGCUGAUGUAUUCGAGAACUUCAGGAGAACAUGUCUGGAAAGUUACGAACUUGACCCAGCACAUUACGUGUCAGCAACCAGUCUAAGUUGGGACGCUUUCCUGAAAAAGUCAGGUGAAGAAAUUGAACUCGUUAGUGAUAUGGAUAUGUUCCAGUUCUUCGAGAAGGGUAUGAGGGGUGGUACAAGCUACAUUGCCCACAGACUAUCAACAGCUAAUAACAAGUACAUGGAAACGUAUGAUGAGGAAUCUGAAAAUAAGUAUCUGAUGUACCUCGAUGCAAAUAAUCUUUAUGGCUGGGCAAUGUCACAACCACUGCCUAAUGGAGAGUUUGAGUGGGUUGAGGAGUUUGAUGAGCUGGAUCUGGAUAAGUACCUGGAAAAUGGCGAAAGGGGAAUGGUUUUAGAGGUUGACCUAGAAUACCCACAGGAACUUCACAAUCUACAUAACGGUUAUCCUCUAGCGCCAGAGAGUAAGGAAAUUGAUGCUUCUAUGUUAUCGGAUUACGCGAAGACUAUUGCUGAUAAAUUCCAACUAACUGUUGGAGGAAAAAGUACGUCUUACAUGUACGUAAUCUGAAAUUUUACACAGAUCUUGGAAUGCGGUUAACAAAGGUUCACAGAGCUGUUACGUUUAAGCAGUCUCCCUGGCUUAAGGAUUACAUAGACUUUAAUACCAGUAUGAGAGCAAAGGCUAAAACCACAUUCGAGAAAAACUUCUUCAAGCUAAUGAACAACUCCAUCUACGGAAAGACUAUGGAGAAUCUCAGUAAAAGAUUUGAUGUGAAACUAGUGUCUUCCAAAGAUGACUUCCUGAAAAUGACAGCAUCACCAUGCUUCCAGUCACAUCGAAUCAUGAAUGAGAAUCUAAUCGUGGUAAAGCGGAUGAAGGAAGUGCUAACUUUGAAUAAACCGUGCUAUGUGGGAAUGUGCAUACUUGACUUAUCUAAAACUCUAAUGUAUGAUUUCCAUUACAACACAAUCAAGAAGGAAUACGGUGACAGGUCAAAACUACUGUUUACUGAUACGGAUAGUCUAAUGUACGAGCUGAAGACGGAUGAUGUGUAUGAGGACUUCAAGAGGAUUGGUGAAGAGUAAGACUGCUGGGAUAAUUCGGACUACCCAAAAGAUAGCCCCUACUACUCAGCUCAUAACAAAAAAGUUAUAGGUAAGUUUAAGGAUGAAGCUGGUGGAGUACCCAUAAUUUAGUUUGUUGGGUUGAGGUCAAAGAUGUACUCAUACAUCAAGGAAAACGGUGGGGGUGGAAUGACCGCUAAGGGUGUUAAGAAGUAUGUGAUUAGAAACAACCUAACCCACAAGAACUUCAAGAACGUAAUCAGCACAAAGGGUAGAAUGAGACACAACAUGAAUACAAUCAGGAGCACAAAGCACACAAUUGGAACUUACGAAAUGAGGAAGGUUACUCUAAGUUGCUUUGAUGAUAAAAGAUAUCUUUUGGAAGAUGGAGUAACCAGUUAUGCUUACGGAAACAAAAACAUAACAAAUAGUGACUGAAAGGUUUCCGUAGAGUAUGAAGUAGUAGUCUCAAAUAACAAACAAAAUAAAAUUACACCCCACUGUGUGUUCACACAGGGUAAGUCUGAAAGUUGGUGAAGAGGCUCCAGAAUAGGGAAAAGUCUAAUCUGAGUCUUAAGAAGUGAAAGGUGAGUUUUGUAAAAGAAGAUUGCCAGUUUUGCCUAGUUCAGCAGGAAUGCUGAAAAUGUUAACUGUAGGGUAUAUGUAGGGUGUGAAGUAGUAGUCUCAAAUAGUAAUUGAAAUAAUUCUAAACCCUGGCGUGUGUUUACACAAGGGUAGUUUAAGAAUUGUCAAAAGUGUACUAGAAUCUGGAAAUCUUAUAAUAUUGGUAAAGUUCGAGAUCACACAGAGAAUGGUUAAAUCUGUGUCCAGCUGGAGCCCCGUGACCACUAAAGCGAUCCCGAAGCUCCCAAAGCAAGUAUUACGAAAAACGUCUCAGAAUGGCUCUAGAACAGCAGUUUCGCUGUACUUUUGAUCAAAAUUUGGUCAUCAAAAUUUGCUACGGAACAGCCUGAGUGAGACCAUUUUUAGUCGUUGAAAACCGCUUUCAAAAAAUAAAAGUGGUCUCGCUUCGGCAGUUCCUAUACUACUAGCAAUGCCGGGGUGAAUAUGGGGGCGAAAUGUUCACAUCCUGCAAAGCUAUAGACCAUGUCAAAACAGUUGGUUUCGCAAGUUAGGUACCUGUAGACCUGCAAAAUUGGAAAAUUGACCGCACAGUAUUAAAUUUCGCCAUCAGCGGUUAUUUAGUCGCUAGCUCAUAAAUAUAAAGUAAAAUUCAAUCAUGAUUCUGGCUAAAUAAAUGUUAUCCCAAAAACACCACUCGACAGCAAUAUUCUGCAAGAUUCUACCUUCCUUUGUUCAGGGCGGUAACUAGACGCGAUAAUUGGGGAGAGGGGUGCAUAUUCAUGUAUUCAUGUUAACAUGCCGUGAAAAGAAUUGCUUUCAAAAGAAAUCAGUAGGACAGAACACGAAUAUAUGAAUAUGAACACCACCCUCGCGUCUAGUUACGGCCCUGCCCUUGUUGAUAUAAAACUGAACCCGAGGCAGUGUUAAGUACGGUGAGUAAGCUUCGAGAAGAAUAUCUAUCGACAAUACUAAGAGUUCAAUUCCAAACGUCAAGCCAAGCCUUAUUAACAACUUUUACCCCUUAGAAUAACCGUUAUGACGUAUUUUAUGAAAAAAUAGAUGCUAAUAAAAAUGUUUCAUGGUAGUCUUUUGUGUCGCUUUAUUCACACUACUUGUAUUAAAUUAUUUUGAACUCGUUUAGAAACUUGAAUGCCACAUUUGCAUUAUCCACCUCCAUUAGCUCCAAUGUAAUCCCCCAAAAUCAGGGAGACACGUGACCAGCCUGGACCAGUCCUUUCCUCCAGCGGGGAGCGUAGAAGAAAGACCAUGGGUAUAUGAGGUUGCUGCAGUGAACUAUAUACAUAUAUGGAAGGUUGACUUCAGUCAGUGACGUAAUCAAAAAGUGAAGCCAAAGAUGGGGGAUUUUGAAGUCUUUCUUGCGCAUCAUUCUCAGUCCCCUUACGUGCGCGGCCAAACAUUUUUUAUAUUUUCAUGGCGGGAAGUGAUGGGUCCGUGAAUUUUGGGUUGUGUUUUUCUUCAUUUUAAAAGAGCAAAAAAGAAAAUAAACUUCAUUUAUUUCAUGUAAACCUGAUUUCCUUCAUCUAAUCGAUCUGUCUACUACAUUUUCCCACUGUAUGUGUGAGUAAGUCUGUAUUUUUCGUUGCGAAUUCAACAACUAAUUUCAAACUUUUUUGUUUUUUUGAAUAAAUCUGUAUUUUAUAAAUUGGGAAUUUAUUUUUGCUUUGGUUGUUUCGCUUUCUUGUUUCUCAUUGUGCUUUUCAGUUUUCACACCAUUAUUUAGCUUAUUUUAGUCCGUUUUCCUGACCUAUAACUGCUUUUUACUGCAGUUUUAGAGGCAGUUUUUAGCCAAUUUAAUUUCAUACAUGCAAGAAAAUUUUGUUUUUUUAUUUUUUAUUUUAAUGAAAUCACUUUGAUGAUUGCCUUAUAAACUUAAACUUUUUAUUUUAAUCAGUUAUUUAUGCGUGUGAAACCCUUGUCAAUAGGGGCAAUACAGAUAAUUUGAAAGAUUGAGUGACAUUUGUGUUUUGUUUUGUCACUCUUUGUUGUCAUUUACAAAAACAACAAUCCCGCGCUAUUAUCGCAUCUUUCAAAUAAACAAUAAUUAAAAUUUAGAACUUAACUCAAACAAAACACCAGAAUACAACUUUUCAUUCGAAUUCCGUCUGUUUUUAUCCGGUUUUUACUCGGAAAAUAAAGAAAUAUACUCGGAAAAAUAUAAAAGUUUAGUUGACCGCGCACGUAAGGGAACUGAGAAUGACGCGCAAGAAUGCCUUCAAUUUCCGUCAUGUUUGGUUUCACUUUUUGAGCUUGAGUCAGCCUUCCAUGUUAUAUAGUUCAGUGGAUUGCUGUUCUUGUGUAGGUCUAAUUAACGUAUAUAAAUCCCAAUUCGAUAAUUUCUAUCUACAAGACCCUUCAACUAUCAUAUUUCUUGACUGGAGUUUUGUUCCCUUUUAAUUAAUACAGGCUGUAAUUGUUACCACUUCGGUGAACAUAUUGCGAGAAAUCACUUUUGAACCGCUUGUUGACGACAGAAAUGCCAAGCAUGCCCAGCGGAAGAAACUCCAAGCCAUCGAAGACAUCAAUACCGUACCAUCCACCAAGAUCGUCCUGCAAACCAAAAGAAGAUUCUGGGAAGACAGAAAGUACAAUAUCCAAGGUGGCUUUUCCAGGACCAACCUCCCUAUCGGCCAAAUACAUUACGUCAAGCCGGAUCCGGAAUAUGUCGAGUCCACGAAAGAAGGAAUAAUUCUGAUUUACACCUGGCAGAAUGAAGCACUGAUUUUUGGUUCCUUGACAGAAGAUCAAGUCAAACAGGAAGUAAUUGAACAAAUCGCAAAAAUCCACCCGGAAAUCAAGGAGGAAAAUAUGGUUGAAACUUGUAUCGUUCAUGCUUGGACUAACCAACCCUCUUAUCAAGGUGCAUUUGGACUUUUGAAGACUACGCAAUUUGACAGUAUAAGGUAAGAAACAAGGCACAAUUGUCUGAUAUUUGAAUGAUGGAUCUCGACGGUGUACCUCGAAAGAAGUAUAUAUUGGAGGAAACAAGACGCAUUUCUAUUUCUUAGUUGAAUCAUAUUAUCUCUGUUAUGCAAUAUUGCUACUUACUUCGCUCGAUAUUAGUUGUGUACAUCAAAACGUAACUAAAAACACUAAAAUUAUUCAGGUCAGAUGUAUUUACUUUUCCACACAAUAAAGAUGAAAGCGCCGCUAUGAUAACGAAGCUAAGGCAAGUUUGCGCGCAUAUAGCCGUUUCAUCGCCUACCAAAUAAGCACCCUGAGACAAGCCCAACAAGCAGAGCGUCGGGUCGCUGAUAUGGAAAUUAAAAUCUGUGUAGGACGCAAAAAGUUUCAUUGAACAUUAUUCCUUUAAUUGUGCCAGCAAGACAACUGAUUUAAUGAUAAGAUAUUGUAUUUGUGGUUUCUCUAUAUUUAUUUUUAAUUUUUAAUUAGACAUAUGUGGGAACCAAUGGGUAACGUUCAUUUCGCUGGAGAAUCCUUAUCAUUUGCUUCUGGUUGGAUUCAAGGUGCCUUGGAGAGUGGCCUCAAAGCCGCAUAUCAGGUUUUUGCACGUUAUAAGAAGAGAGUACCUCAAACAGACAAAUAUAAUUGACAUUACAUCAUUUUCAUAUUAUAAUUAACUGCACAUGACGAAGUGCUUCAGAUAUUGACAUGUUUUGGAACUGAAUAAGUUCCGAACAUUAAUGAGCUAUUUUUGUAAUUUGUUAC